AUGUGGAAAAUUCUUGCUCUUCUGUUACUCAGCUGCUGCUCAACCACAUUUGCCGGCUUUUUACAUGCUGCACCACCAGCUCCCGUUGCCGUUGAGGCCGUUUACAGUGCACCACAUGCUCUGACUUAUGCUGCUGCAGCACCACCUGCACCACACUUUGUUAAAUACGCUGCACAACCCACCGCUCAUCAUAUUGGCUACUCAGCUCCUGUUGCUGCGCCUGGUAUUAAGUAUACGCUGGGUGCUCCCGUAACCACAACAACAACUACAUAUACCGGCUUUGCUGCAGCCGCACCACCCGCUGUACACUAUGCGGCUGCACCACCGGGUGUACACUAUGCUGCAGCACCACCGGCUGUACACUACGCUGCACCACCCGCUCCAACAGCCGUACACUACGCUGCCCCACAGCAUGCCACUGUACACUAUGCCGCACCACCGCCAGCCACAUUUGUAGCCAGAUUUGCAGCACCACCGCCUUACCCGUAUCAUCUGGCUGCACCACAGCCUUCAUAUGCCAAAUUUGCAGUUCAUGCUGCACCUCCAAUUGCCACCUACGCAGCACCCGUUGCACCACCCGUUGCAGCUGAGCUGCCUCUGCCCUGCGACAGCAGCUGGUGA